AUGUAAAAAAAAUAAGUAAAUGAUAAUGAGGAUAGAUAUAAAGGUGAGGCAGGGAAUUUCUAAUCUUUAGAAAGUGAUGAUGGUCCAGGACCUAUGAAAUGUAAAAUAUAGUGUUAAUAGUGUAGCUGUUGAAGGAUGGAUUCUUAUUGCCAAAGGAAUUCAUGAAGAAGCAUAAGAAGAUGAUUUAUUUGAUGCGUUCAGCAAAUACGGUCCGAUUAAGAAUCUUCAUUUGAAUCUUGACAGAAGAACUGGUUUUGUUAAAGGGUAGAAGCUAAUAAAAUUAUUAGUUAUGCAUUAAUCGAAUUUAGUGAUUUCAGCCAUGCUUAAGAUGCUUUGAAUGGUGUUAACAAGUCAGAUGGAAUUUAUGGUAAAAAAGUUCAAGUUGACUGGGCAUUUAAAAAACCUUGCAAAAAAGGUGCUUUGAAACCAACGAAGAAAUAAUAAUAAUGA